GCGCCUUUGCAUAGUUCAGGUCGAUCGGUUUGCGGCGGCGGCUUGGCGUGAGUUUGGUGGUCAGCCUUGCAAGGAAAUGCGUUACAGUCUUAGCUGAUGCUUGCUCGCGUGCGGAUGUUCGCAGAAAUCGAAAGUUGUUUGUCGUAGGUUGCACUUACAUCGGGCAUUAAAGGAAGAAGUGCUGAGCUGUGCGCGUGUCGCGGUCAGAAUUCUGCAAGUUGGCGAUAAAUCACCGCGCAGACGAUCGAUCGGUUGUACGUUCUGUGUGACUGAAGUGUUGGACUCGGGGCAAAGUUCUAGUGGAGUUAACAGUGGAACGGUGACAAGAUGACGAGUUAUGUGGUGUCAUUUUCGAGCCAGUAUGAAAACAUCACCAAGGGAGCAGAUCCCAUCAUCGACAACUGGUUCCUGAUGAGCAACCCCGUUCCGGUCCUAUCGAUCGCUGCCUGCUAUCUCCUGUUCGUCCUCCACUAUGGCCCCCGGUGGAUGGAAAACCGGAAGCCUUUCGUGCUGAAGAACACCCUCAUCGCGUACAAUGCGGCUCAGGUCGUCUUCUCGACGCUUCUCUGCGUGCAACCUUUCUUCAUUGGCGGCCUGCACCGGGCGCUGAACGUUUCCUGCAAUGCCAACGCCGUCGUGGACCGUGAUCUUCAGCUGACGAUUUGGAAUGGCACCUGGUGGUACAUGGUGCUGAAGCAUGUCGAACUGCUGGAUACGGUGUUCUUCGUACUGCGCAAGAAGCAGAACCAGGUGUCAUUCCUGCACGUUUACCAUCACACGAUUAUGGCCGUGUUCACCUGGGGCUAUCUCAAAUAUUUGCCAGGCGUCCAAGGUGCUUUCCUGGGAAUCCUGAACUCGUUCGUGCACAUCAUCAUGUACACCUACUAUUUGAUAGCGGCCAUGGGACCCCAAUAUCACAAGUACCUCUGGUGGAAGAAGUACAUGACGACGAUCCAGUUGACGCAGUUCGGCAUCAUGCUAGUCUAUCUGUUUCUCAUCAUCAGCUUCCAGUGCAGCGUUCCGCGAUCGCUGACAUUCUUCUUCGUGAUCAACGUCACCAUAUUCCUGUUCCUGUUUUGGAACUUUUAUCGAAAGGCGUACAGCAAGGAGGAGAAGAAGCUGCACUGAGGGAGGGAGGGCUAUUACGAAAUAAAUUUGUUGUCUGUUAUGA